AUGGCCGCGAACCGUGAAACACCAUACAAGCGCGGCGACCACGGAAAUUUCAAAUCGAUUGAGUCUACACGACAGCCGUGGAAAGAAGCAGCUACUACUCCUUUCCAAAUCAUCCAAACGCCUAAUCCACAGUGGUCUCUAGGCAGCGGACCCAACUCGACGCACCAUUCCAAAGGCCACAAGCACAUCUCCAUCGAUCCCUGGGCACCCGGUCGUCACCCCAUGAGCAACUACAAGCUAUGUAUCAGCGCAGUAGUUCCACGACCGAUUGCCUUGGUUUCUACAAGAUCGAAAGACGGUACCGCCACAAAUCUAGCGCCCUUCAGCUUCUUCAAUAUGGUGCACGCAGACCCCCCACUCUUCGUCCUAGGUCUCACAACGCCCCUAGAAAAGCCUAACGAUACUCUCCGCAACCUGCAGGAAACGGGUGAAUGCGUUAUAAACACAGUAAGCGAAGGAUUCGUCGAAGCAGUGAAUGCGGCAGGUAUCAAUAGUCCGUAUGGUGUUUCUGAAUGGGAUAUUACCGGACUGAAUCCUAUCUACGAUUGCAAGACUGUCUCCUGUGCACGGGUGGAAGAAGCCGUAUUCAGUAUUGAGUGCAAAGUGGAGAGUAUCCGCGAAUUUGACAGCAAAGUCUUCUUGGGGAAGAAGUCGGGUGCGCUGGUGGUGCUAGAGGCAACGAAUUUCUGGGCAAGGGACGAUGCUCUUAACAAAGAUGAGAACUCGCUCGAUAUUGAGAUUCUGAGACCGAUUAGCAGGCUAGGGGGUAUUAGCUACGGUCGUACCAGCCAGAGUUUUGAGAUACCAAGAAUCAACUUUGAAGAUACUAGGCUGGCAUGA